ACAGUGAUGGAGGAUAAAAGCACAGUCUCACUUUCAUUAUCGUCGUGUCUCUGAGUGAGUUACACUUCACUAACAGCUCAACUCACAAGAAGAGAAAAAUGGCUUCAACUACAAACAACCCUCAUCAUCUACAUUAUAAAGUUAUUCUACUUGGAAAAUCCAGAUCAGGAAAAAGUGCUUCAGGAAACACUCUACUGGGGGAAAAAAAAUUCAUUUCCAAGAAGACAUUUAAAUCCGUCACUCAGGAUGUUCAGAUGGAGAGUGUGACCUUUAAUGAAAUGACUCUUGAUGUCUACGACACCCCAGGACUCUUUCAUAAAGCAAUAAGCAAUGAAAAUGUUUUAGAUAAAUGGCAGCAUCUGCUCCAGGAAGAUGAAACAACCUGCACCGUGAUUCUGUUCGUGAUGAAAAUCGACAGAUUUACACGAGAAGAUAAAGAAGCUGUUGAUCUGAUCGAGGAGUUUAUACCAGAAAGACUCGUCCAAAACACGUGGAUCCUCUUCACCGGAGGAGACGAGCUGGAGAGAGGAGAUCUCACUAUACAGCAGUUUAUAGAAGAUACAGAAGAACUGGAGAAACUGGUGCAGAGAUUUCAGAACAAAUAUCAUGUCUUUGAUAACAUCUCGCAAAGUCCAAAUCAAGUCCAGAUGUUAAUUAAGAAGAUAAAAAAGACUGCACGAAUCAUCUCUACAGAGAUAAAUCUACGACCAGACCCUGAAGAAGAUUCUCUUCACAGGAGAAUCAUUUUGGUGGGGAAGACUGGUGUUGGGAAGAGCGCUACAGGAAACACCAUCCUGAGACAGAAGAGAUUCAGAUCUGAGCUCAGUCCAUCCUCAGUAACAUCCCAGUCUGAGAUUCAGUGUGGAGUGGUUUUAGGGAGGAAUGUAUCUGUGAUCGACACACCAGGGUUAUUUAACACAACACAAUCCCAUGAGGAGUUAGCUGAAGAGCUAGGGAGGAGUAUUUAUGAGUCCAGUCCAGGACCUCACGCCUUCCUUUAUGUCCAGCCCAUUAAUAUCAGAUUCACUGAACAGGAGGAAAAUGUUGUAGAGAAAUUAGAGCAGAUUUUUGGAAAAGAGAUGAAAAAAUACACAAUGAUUCUCUUCACUCAUGGAGACUCGUUAAAGGAGAUGUCUGUGGAUCAGAUGAUUCAGGAGAACAGCUCACUCGGGACACUAGUUGAGCAGUGUGGAGGUGGAUAUCACGUCUUUAAUAAUGAAAACCCGAGAAACAGAGAGCAGGUCAGGGAGCUACUGCAGAAGAUAGACAGAAUGGUGGAGUGCAAUGGAGGAACCUGUUACUCCAAUGAGAUCUAUAAGGAUGCAGCAAGACACAGGAGAGAGGAAGAGAGAGGGGGUAAUGGUUUUAAAGAGUUUUUCAAAAACAACAAGUGUUAUUUGCUUACUGCUGCUGCUAUUGGAAGUGGAAGUGGAAUUGCAUCUGGAACUGUAAUAGGAGCUGCAGUGGGUGGUGUUGUUGGAGGUCCUAUAGGUGCAGGCAUUGGUGCAGGCAUUGGUGCAGGCAUUGGUGCACUCACUGGUACUGGUGCAGGAUUUGGUGUUGGUGUUAAAUUGGCUUCACAUAGAAAUGCAGAACAAAAUAAUCAGAGAAGUGAAAACAUGGAUAGAGAGAGAGCACCAGAUGGUGAAGGUGGAUGUGAAUCACUGGAUUUAGGUCACAUGCCCUUUGAUGAUGACAAUUCAGAGUCAAGGGCCUUGAUCCCUGAACCUAAUAUCAGGCAUCGGUCAGGAGGUCGGAGAUCCCAAACUCAGAAAUAAA